CUUUGAUUGGACAUUGCGCACGAAAGCUGACCAUGAGCAAGCCCCCAGCGAGGAAACCCAAGAACCCAGACCUCCCAACGAGGUACUUGUACGUGGCCAAUUGCGCCGUGGGAGGCAGCCAUGGUGUUGGUGAAGCAUCUGUCCUAGCUGCGUUCAGUGCAUUUGGCACGGUGACCGACGUGUAUUCUCAGGACGAUAAGGGGUUUAUCUUGGUGACGUUUGAAGAAAUUGAAGCCGCUGUGCGUGCCCGCGAGGCCUUGUCUGGUGCAAUUCGAGACGACUUGGGUGGCCGCAAGCUGUUUGUGCAGUUUUCGAACGAAGCGCCGGCUGCAUCGUCGUCGCCAUCGUCUUUGCCGUGCACGUCAUCGACUGCCCAGGUCGUGAUUCCAGGGUUAUCCAUCAUCGAAGGCUUUCUCUCGCCGGACGAAGAAGCCACCAUACUUGACGCGAUCGACUCGCGACCAUUCGAAACAUCGAUUCAGCGCCGGGUCCAGCACUACGGCUUUGCAUUUCGCUACGACACACGGGACGUCGACGCCGACGCGCCAUUGGGCCCCAUGCCAGACUUCUGCGCGUCGGUCUUGACGAGAUUGGAGCUUCUGCGCCCUGACAUUGCCACGCCCAACCAAGUCACUGUCAACGAAUACCUGCCUGGACAAGGGAUCGCCCCGCAUAUUGACACGCCGGGAGUAUUUACCGAGUACAUUGCGUCGCUCUCGCUCGGCAGCGACAUCGUGAUGGACUUUCGGCUGGCGUCCAACCCAAAUAUCGUCAAGCACUUUCUCUUAAGACGAGGCUCCAUGUGCCUCAUGGUCGGUGAAGCACGGUAUCUCUGGAAACACGGCAUCGCGUAUCGAAAGUAUGACCUCAUUCAAGGCAGUCUGGUCGAACGAGGCCGGAGGCUGUCGUUGACGCUUCGCAGAGUACACGUCGAAUCGAGUCGGAUGACUUGUCACAGUCUCACAUAGGUCGUGCUGGACGGUGGCGAUCAAGUGGAGUCCCUUCAGAGUGUGCAGCGGCCAAGUGCCGUCGAGAUAGAGCACGUGCACGGGGUGUACGAUAGCAUAGCAUCGCAUUUUAGCCACACUCGGCACCAUCCAUGGCCGCUCGUUGCGUCGUUCUUAGAGUCGCUUGCCCCGGCAUCCCUGGUCGCUGACAUUGGCUGCGGCAACGGCAAGUAUUUGGGCAUCAACAACGACCUGAUGAUGAUUGGAUCCGAUCACAGCAUCCCCCUCCUCACAGUCUGCGCCCAACGGUACGGAACUAUCCGUGCUUGUCGUUGGUUUUGACGUUCAUUCCAUUGCAGAGCCCAUGAAGUGUUUGGGUCCGAUGGGCUCGCGAUGCCGCUACGCUCAGGGGCAUUUGACGCAGCGAUUUGCAUCGCCGUGCUACAUCACAUGUCCACAAUCGAGCAUCGACUGCAAAUUUUGCGGUAGGGAUAUGCGAUUUUGUUCGCGCGUCAUUGCCGAGGACUCGUAGAGAAUUGGCGCGCAUUGUCCGUGUCGGCGGGCUGAUCUAUCUUGUUGCGUGGGCAUUUGAGCAAGACGACCUGUCGAAGCGCCAGUUUAAGACCCAAGAUGUCAUGGUCGAGUGGAAGUUGCAGCAAAAGUACAUUGAUGCAAACGAACCCGUUCCGGCGCACGUGCAAAUGGACAACGAGCGCAAGUGGGCCGUGUACCAACGGUACUGCCACGUAUACAAAGACCUGGAGCUCGAGAUGCUUGUGCGCCAGGUCCCAGGGCUCGUCGUGGCCAAAAUUGCAUCGUCGCAAGGCAUGUCGUCGUUCGAUGACAUCUUCGGCGAGUCGACGGACCUCAUGGGUGUGCCAUCGACUACUUCCGUGAGCGCUUCCAGUGCAUCCAUCUCCCUUGAAAGCUUGGGCCUCGAUGAUUUGAAUUUGGGAGACACGAAGCAGCCAACUCAACUCCCGCCGACGGCCAGUACGUCGGGAGAUCCGUCGGACUUUUUGGAUUGGUUGGACCAAAAGUCACCGACGAAAGCGUCGGACGUGCCCAUUGUCGUACCGACGGCGAAGGCACCAGCAAUAUCCGAUGCAGAUAUGUUCUCGCUCGACGACACUCCAUCACAAGCGUCGACAACGACGGAGGCGGCACCACAACCUCCUGGUAACCCAUUCGCUGCUCCGAUUCUUAGCAGUACAACACCGUCAACAGCAUCAUCAUCUCCUGCACCCGUAACACCUGUUCCAGCGACGGUUCUACAAACCGACAUUUGCGCGUUUUCAGCUUCUCCACCGAUGCCUGUCCAAUCCUCGAAGCAGCCCACCCCCCAACACUCGACAAACAAGUCCGUCGAAGCAGGAGGGCCAUCACAAACCAACAAUUCCCCUCCCCACUCUAACACCAGCGGGCCCUUGUCCAUGGGGCUCCCGCAUUCUAACUCGAACAACUCCCCCGUUGCUCCGAUUCAACUCUCAACAACACAAUCCACGGCAUUGCCACACUCCCAUCCGCGCAUCGAAGCUGUUCAGAUAGAAGGCGGGUCCAGACACAGCUCCUUUGAUUCAUUUACCAGCCAAACUCCAGUUGCAUCGGGUGCGGAAACUUCGUCGCCAUCUUUAAACACUACCAAGGCAAACGAUCAAUUGCGAGCCACGUACCGGCAAGCCGGCAAAAUCCCAGCAGCUGAGCGAUUGCAUUCAUGGACCGUGUUGCUCGAAGCAAAACCUUUGGACCCUGUGUCGACCCCUGCGACCGCAUUGACAGAAUUAACCGACGAGAUGAAGAAGGACGCCUUGGCAAGCUGCUCAGUGUUGUUUGGAGAUGCGGCAUUUUGCAACCUUCUCAAGCAAGAGGGGGUGCCGCUCGACAACGCGCGAUUGCUCAUGACGGAAAGCGUCGAGCAACUCUUGAGGGUGCUCGUGACGCACCACAAGAUGAUCAUGUCCAACCCGACACCUCUCAAACUCGGGUCGCUCUUUCUUCCCGUCCUGGCGUUGACGAGUGCUGACCCGUUGCGGCCAGACGUGUUUGGCGUAAUGGACGCUGUCUUAACGCGGCUCGUGCCGCCAUUGCACGUGACGACGGCAGCGAUCGCCAUGGCACGUCGGCCGCUUGUCAAGUUGCUCGUGUUGUACCACGAUCCAACAAUUGCAUUGCACCUUGACCAUACGUUGCCCCAAUGGAGCGACAGUGAGUCGGGCAUUUUGCCGGAUUCAUGGCUCGCUUCGCUUUUUGAAAGCUCGGACCACAAAAGCACGAUUCCGCUCGCCGCUCUGAGCAACAUUUGGGAUUGCUUGAUCGUGAACGCGAGCGCCACGUACCCCUCGAUCAUUGGCGUCUUUGUCGUGUUGUAUGCGAUCCUGCAGUCCAAGAAACGACUGCUGAGUUUGACUAACGCGACGUCGCUGCAGUCGGUCAUGAUGCAGCUCCUUGUGGAGACGCUGAGUCAGUCGCCGUCGCAGUUGAUGCAGCAGGUGCAAACUUUGAUAAACACGACGCCGUUUUCGUUUACUACCAAGCUGUGCGACGCCGGCAUGGACACCAGUCAACACACGGGUGAAAAAUCUAUCAGUCGCACGAAUUCGACUUCCAACGUUGUGGCAUCUCCCCGAACGGGAAGCAAAGAUCAACUCGAGUCGUCUGCAGCAACACAAUCUUCUGGAAACGCAAGCAUGUCAAAGUUUGGCGCGAGUCUCAGCUCCAUGAACUCCAAAUUUUUCGCCGGGGCGUCGAAAUUGACGGCCAGCAUCAUGAAAAACGAGUCCGACAAGUCCAGUGCUUCUUCCAGCGUGGCUACAAACAGCACCGGCAACAAUCGUAGCGACAGUUUUCACUUGGAAUCCACAGCGGUUUACUUUAGCAUGACGAUCUCGGCGUGCGAAGUGAUUCCGUCCGUCUUUCGAGGAUUCAAGUCGACUUGCACGGAAAAGAUUCGGUUCUUUAUUGUGGACUGUCGCCCCGAAGAAUACCUCGCGCGUGGACGCAUCCCGACGUCGUUUGCAUUCAACUCGGAGUCUGUCACGGACCCUGCAGCAUUCGACGCUGUGAUGGCCACGUUGCAACCGAUCAAGUCGUCGGUGCACAUUUGCAUCAUGGGUCAUGGCUACGCACGUCACGCCAACCACUUGAUCAAAGACCUCAACAUCCCCAAGUCGCUGGUCGCAGACAUGCUGGCCAAGGACGCCGCUCAAAUCAAUGACGCCGUGUUGUUUCUCGCCAAGCGAGGGUUUCCUUACGUGUCGGUGGUCGAGGGCGGGUAUGCUUCGACGCAUCGGUUCCUGUCCAAGUCUCGACUCUUUUCGCUGUCGGAUUUGACCGACCACGACCAAAAAGCGUGCGAUUUGUGUCAACAGGACGCGGCUCUGAAAACUCGAGGGCGCGCGUCGUCGGUGAGCCAUCACUCGGACGAAGAGGACGAAUACAUCCAGCGCACUGAAGGCGGUGUAUGUCUUGGUCGAUUUGGACCGGACGGCCGCAAAAAGGUCGUUACGGCAGGCACCAAGACUGGCCGAACCUCCAUCUCGUCGCCAUCCACUGCGUCAACUUAUUUCAACAACAUGACGAACGUGCUAAAGGACUCGACGAAAACGAUGGCGGCCGUGAGCAGCAAGACGCUCAAGGCUGUUCCUGGCUCGGACAAAAUGACAGACGCUCUCAAGGAUUCGCGAAACUGGAUGCUGAAAAAGACAGAGUCGAUUCAUUUGAACGAUGUGUCGACGUCGAUGACGUCCGGCAUGCGAUCCGUGGUCGAUGUAGCAGCCAACCCCGCCACCAUGCUAAAGAAAGCUGCCAAUUCAUUUGCGAAUUCUCUUGGCAAUGCAGAACCCCCUAUGAUCCCUCCUACGUCGUCCCCUGGUCAUUCCUCUCACACAUCGUCCGUUCCAGCUGCGGCGCAAAGUAGUUGCGCCUCGUCAGGCUCUUCAACGGUAAAGAAACCUUCGUCCAAGGCCAAAGAAGCAGUCUUUUCAAUCGAUGAUGACGACGACGAAGAGGAUGAGGCCGAUUCGUUUAUGGGGGAUGCCAACAUACAUGACACCGACCACACUAGCGCCAUGACUCCGCCCCCAUCAAGUGUCGUCGUGCACACUGUGUCCAAGCAUGAGGUCCACGCGUUGAAGAAAGGGAUGCAAAUCCGAAUGGUCGAUCUCCUUCCCCUCGUGUCGUCCCCACUGUUUUCGUGCUACAAAAAGAAAGCCCGAGGCACGGAGACGCUGAUGCUGCCACGUCAUGUCGUCAUCGCUGAAGACCAUGUUCUCGUGCUCAAGGCCGACAAGGUACAGGACGACGUGAGCUACGUCCGGUCGUGUCACCAUUUGAGUCACAUUGCGCGGAUGACGUGCAUGAAGAAGAAUGCGCUCAUGGUGACGUUCUACCUCAGCUUUGACGGGAAGCAGAAGCAAAAAGCGUACGAAGUGCAGCAACGAGAUGCAUUGAUCAAGGUCAUUCGGACGUCGAUGGAAUCGCUAGCCGCUCAAAAGGAAAGCGACGAGGACAGUGCUGCGUAGAAGCGUCCACGCUCGUCUGAAUCUCUAAACCCCUCGCUACAUCAACUACAUGCCUGAUCUCGUA